GCUGCAGCCGUCGGUUCCUCCCGCAGCAUCGCACUUAUACCACAUACCACGCCGCUUCCGCAGCCCGGCUUAUACGCGAUCCUCUAAUACGAACGGAGACCGGGUUAGUUCAGUAGGGAGGUACGGGUCCUCCAACCAGAAGAAGAGCCAGCACCGAGAGAGACCCUUGCCUUACUACACCACCGAGACCUACCGUCUUACGGGUCUACUAUUGGGGCUACCAGCUACCAGGAGUAGGUACCACCUCGGGUGGACUAUCGGUUGGCAGACCACGCAGCAUCAGUUCAGUUCAGUCCGCGCCGCGCACCCAAACGGUUCAGACCUGUCUUUCUGCACGGCUUAGCCGCAAGCUUCGUUUAUCCGAAACCGUAUCGAUCGUUCUACGCACACCCUUGUCGCACGAUACGACGCCGAUUCUACCGGGGAUACUCUACCGCCGUAUUCGUUUCGCCUGCACCUACGUACACACCUACCAGUUUCUGCAAAAGAUCGCGCGCGAGGCCCGCUCUUCGAGUCUCUCGAUAUAUAUACCGACGACCGUCUUCUCGUAUGUGAUCCACGUGAUUGCCUGCAUCCGGAGAACAGUGAUCCAGAGGUUACACUCAGAGGUUGUACCUGUAUCAUCCUGAUUUUUUUUCCAACACCGGUCUACGCAACGUCGGACUGCGGUUCUUUCGCUACACCGCUUAUAUAACCAGAUACGAAGGAACUUUGUUCGUAUCCAGAAUAUAACGCCGCAGAGAUCAAGAUCAACGUGAUAUCCUUUCCGUUGACGCUAUUCGCUUGUUCGCAGGUAAAAGAGGACGAAGGAGAAGUAUAAGAAGUAUAAGAAGCGAAGGAGAGAGAAGAAGGCCGAGGAAGAAGCUUCGUCCGGCCACGACGUCGUCACCGAGGCGAGGCGCAGUGAUCUCACUCGGUGCAGGGGCGACAGGAGGAGACAAGGACGACGCCGGGUCCAAAGAGGGAAGACCGAGAGCGGGGCAGUCCUCCUUCGCACACAGGCGUAAACCGGCACGCACCUACGCGCGCACACUUUGAGGUCAUCUCGAGGUGGGGAGGCGAUACUCGUUUGGCGAUAGAGAUAGAUAGAGUGGUAGCCACGAACCAGCCCGGCGGUGGGAAUUUAUAAGGAUGUUCGCGAUAAUGCCCAUGGAAACGGAGGGGCACGGCAGGGAAUUCGCGCGGCGACAGAAGAUGCGCGCCAAGUGCAGCGUCGAGUUCGUGUGCAAGUACUGCCAGCGUCGCUUCACCAAACCCUACAACCUAAUGAUACACGAACGCAGUCACAAGGACGACGUUACCUUCACCUGCGAGGUAUGCGGCAAGUCCUUCAAACGGCAGGACAACCUCAAGCAGCACAGGAGCAUUCACUCCGUCCCUCACAAGGGCUCCAACGGCUACUCAAAUGGCUAUUCGAAUGGCUACUCUAGGUAUUAGAAGCCACCGCCCUCCUUAGCGCGUUGCUGACGCGAACACCACACCUCAGUCACCAU